UUGCACAGGUUGUGGACUGGAGCAGUCAGAGGCUCAGUAAGAAGAAGAUAGUUCCGAUAUUAUGUCUCCACAUCGUGAAAUUAUGGAUAAACCAAGAGGAAAUUGUUGCCAGUGUAUGAUCAAAUAUACCCUGUUCGUCUUCUGCUACGUAUUUUGGGUAACCAGUGCUGUUUUAAUUGCAGUGGGUAUAUAUGCCAAGGUUGCAAAGGAGGGAGGUGUGGUGGAUUCUCUGACAGCAGACCCUGCCCUUUUGCUCAUCACCAUUGGCUCCUUGAUGUUCAUAAUCACCUUCUUCGGUUGUUUCGGAGCGCUACGCAACGCAGUGAUACUGUUAAAACUGUUUUUAGGGAUUCUGGUGGCCAUCCUUCUCCUGCAGAUAGCUGCUGCUGUGCUUGGCUUCCUGUUCUCAGACCUGGUUCUGGACAGAACGGAGCAGCUGAUGAGCAAAGGGAUCAUACGUUACCGUGAGGAUAUGGACCUGGAGAACCUGAUAGACUUUGUACAGAAGAAGUUCCAGUGCUGUGGAGUAGACUCGCACCGAGACUGGUCUGCCAACGUGUACUUCCGGUGUGACGAGAUAAACCCCAGUUUGGAGGGGUGCGGGGUGCCCUUCUCCUGCUGUGUACGGCACAAAAACGAGACGAUCCCGAACACCAUGUGCGGCUAUAACGUGCAGAACCUGGAGGAGGCCUCUGCUGCAAAGAUCAUCUACACCAUCGGCUGUCUCGGGAAGAUGGUCUUGUGGGGGAAGAGGAACCUGUACCUUAUAGCAGGAAUGGCAGUCGGACUGCUGGGCCUCGAGAUAUCAAUGAGCUGUCUGGCUGCGGCCCAGAUGUCUCACAUCAGGAGGAAACUACAGAGCGACGGAAACGUCUACUGACGCAGAGGAGGUUGUGUCGGCUAGCGAUGCCCCAGUGCGUUAGGACGUCAACGGAGCUCUCCGGGGGCUGAAAAUAAUUGUUUUCGUCAUGUUCAACGGGGCAUAAAGGAUUCGGUAUACGCUCUGUAACUACAUGCUGCUGGUGAAGAGGAUAUGAGACUCUGGAGCGCCUGUGUAUCACCUUGUAUCUGUGAAUAUGUUCCUGAAGCUCAGUGACUGGUCCCAGUUUUAAUGUUUACCAUUGUGAAAACAAAUCUACCUUGUACAAAUCAUGCCAUCAUUGGACAAAAGCACAGACACUAGGUUCUGGGGGACUGGGAAUGGAAACAUUAGCUUAAUAAAUGUUUUGUUUAUGUGUAAUUCAUUUAAUGUGGUUAGAAAUGUAUUUAUCAAAACUGCAAUCUUGUGGAAUAUAUGCUUUUUUUUUUUUUUAAACUGCCACGUCAAUUGAAAGUGUUUACAAAUAGAUCUUUAUUCUUUGUAAAGUUCAAUGUAUUACAGUACAUUAUUAACGGGCUGUUUUAAGUUAAGCCAGUCUUGCUACUCUGUGAAACACAACAUUAUUUAGCAAAAGGAUACGCGUGCAUUUUAACAAGAUGUACUGUCUAAUUUCUACACCAUAUGCACUGUACUGUGAUUUUGUGAAUGAUACUAAUAAUAUUAAAUAAUAUAGAGAAAACCCGUAAUGCAUAGUCACAUCAACCAAAGCCUGGUGAUUACCCUCAACCUUAACCCAACUCUGAUUCUCUCUAGGGGGCUUUGUGAUGAAUAAAAGGCUUUCUCGGGUAAAAAUCCACAGCUGCGUCUGUCCCAAACCGACCGCAAAGUCAAUCAGCCGUCAUAGCAGGAGGCAGGCGUUUGACGACUUCAUCCUGAUGCCGCGGCGACGGACAGGCUUGAUCUCCUCCUCCUCCUCGGUCGGUGCAGGGUUCUCGGAUAGCUUCCCUUUGGAAAUGACUCGGUACUGCCCUCGAAUGUUCUGGAGCGGGUCGUAGUUCGGACUGACGUGCGUCGGACAGCGGAAUUUCUCCCUGAUCACGUGACCCAGCUGAGAGACCGCGACGAGGCCAUCGCUGGAGGCUAUGAUGUUCGUGACCGAGGCGUAGACAUACUGGACAACGAGUAAAUGCCCUACAAAUGACAGCAAUAAAGAAAAGGUCAAUUAUUCUAGGUAUUAACUUUUAUCCUGGAAAUAAAAAGUGACAAGAGUGUUUAAGAUGAUUUGUGUUUAGUGUUUGCGAAAAGAAGUGAAUGUGUGUAAGGCUUCAUAUUGUCUAGCAGUGAUCCUCUGCUUGUUUUCAAAUAAUAAAAAUGAUUACCACUGGA